UCCCCACCCCUCUGCACUCGGCGGCUCCCACAGCCAGUGCUGUGCGCUGACAGGUCUAGACAUCUCUCCCUAGCAAGAAACUAUAGAGACUCGGGACAAGUCCAGGCGUCACCGCGCAUCCCUGUGCUAGUGAACCGAGCCAAGUCCUGCGACUGCCCGCCCCACCAUGAAGAGCUUGGGAAGAGGCAAGCCUGGGCAGACCCAUCUCUCCUGCUGCCCCGAGCUCCCGGUGGCUCAUUGCUCAUUCUAGCUCCCGGCAAAGAUUUAAGUUAGAAACUUUAGGAUUUCUUGCAGACCGAGAGCAGCAAUGAACCCUAGUUGCUCCCUUUAAGAAAUGGUCGUGACUGGGUUUGAAAAAAUCAGACUCCCUCCAAAACACCAACAAAGGACUAUAUUUAGUUCGGAGCACUCCGCCUAAAUUCCUUCUUUUCCCCUCUCAGCUUCAGAUCCUCAGGCCCAGUCAGUGGGUGGAAGGGGGCGGGGAGCAGUGGAGAAGGAACAGCUGGGCCUCCGCCUCUCCGCUCAAUCUCUAUAAAUAACCAAUCCCGAGCGGAGGCGACUUUCCAACCAAUGAAGCUGUCCAAAGUGACAAAACCUCAGCAGCAGCCAAUAAGAAAACAUUUGGGGUGUGAGACUCGCAUCCUGGGGCCAAUGAGUUGGGAGUCUGGGAGAGGUAAUUUGAGCUGGCGUGUGGGUGUGCGGUGCGAAACCUUCCUACUUGCAGCCCCCAAACCUUGUCGGCCGUCUGAGCAUGCCCUGACUCUAGGUGCGGGAGCCGUCUGCCUUCCGCGAGGCUAGAUCCGCUAGCCGGGUUUUGGCUCCAGCCAAAGGGGAGGUUGCAUGACCCCUCGAAUCCUACCCCGAAGGCUGCGGUGCCCCCAUUAAUUCCCACCCCUAGCUCCAAGUCCGGACAGGGACUCGGGACGAGUUCUUCGCAAGGAAAGCGAACACUAGGUCAAGUGGGGGCACGCUCUCUGUUGCUUUCCUUGGCCUGCAAAUGUCAUGCAAGUGUGUGACCAGGAGAAGCGUGCACCGAUUGGGGUUCGGCGACUGGUGUCUAUCCGCCUUUGACAGCGCAAGGCGGAGAAAAGGUCAUAGCCAGCAACUGCCCGAUGCGCCCACGAGAGGCUCGCAGCUCCCCGAAAGGAGGUAGCUUCGGUCCGGAGCUUUCUACCUACACGUACAGGCAGGAUUGCCCGGUUCCAAGCUUCGCGCCGCCACGCCCAGUCCCGGUUCGCCACACCCUCUAGCCACGCCUCCUCCCGACGCUGCGGAAAAGCCGGAGCGGAGCUCGGGCGGGGCGCCGCAGGCGGCUCACUGGGCAUGCUCGGCGGGGCGGGGGAGGGCCGGGCUGCGCGCGGCGAGUAGGAAGCCCUCGCCCAGCGGAGGCUGCGGGAGAGAGCGAGCGAGCGAGCGAUGGGCCGCGGAGCUGGGCGCACGUUCCGCGGGGACACAUGCCACGCGUGUCCCAGCCGGACGCUCAAUUAGCAUCCGCCUCUGCAGUCAGCCGCCACCGCCUCCCGGCCCUCUCGGACUGCCGUGGAGAGGAGCUCCAGCGGUUGCCUUGCUCCGGCUGCGCGCAUUGUCCUCAGGGUCCUCUUGCCAGGGCUGCUGCGGGGCCCGGGACCCUCGCCCCAGGGACGCACCCCGGCCACCGGUCUGCCCGGCGCGGGGCUCUGCUAGCCGAUCGGUGAGCCCGCGCUCCCGGGCCGCUCUCGCCGGGGCUUUUCCUGCGGAACGGAGGAAGAGGAGAAGUCUACCCGCCCAGCCCAGCCUUCCCCAGCGCGCAGCCCCGACGGGGCCGCGGCAGGCGCGACGAGGGCGCCGACGGAGCCAUGAGAGAGUACAAAGUGGUGGUGCUGGGCUCGGGCGGUGUGGGCAAGUCCGCGCUCACUGUGCAGUUCGUGACAGGUUCCUUCAUCGAGAAGUACGACCCGACCAUCGAGGACUUCUACCGCAAGGAGAUUGAGGUGGAUUCGUCGCCGUCGGUGCUGGAGAUCCUGGACACGGCGGGCACCGAGCAGUUCGCAUCCAUGCGGGACCUGUACAUCAAGAAUGGCCAGGGUUUCAUCCUUGUCUACAGCUUGGUCAACCAGCAGAGCUUCCAGGACAUCAAACCCAUGCGGGACCAGAUCAUCCGCGUGAAGCGGUACGAGCGCGUACCUAUGAUCCUGGUGGGCAACAAGGUGGACCUGGAGGGCGAGCGCGAGGUCUCAUACGGCGAGGGCAAGGCCCUGGCCGAGGAGUGGAGCUGCCCCUUCAUGGAGACAUCCGCCAAAAACAAAGCCUCAGUGGAUGAGCUGUUCGCAGAGAUCGUUCGGCAGAUGAACUACGCUGCACAGCCCAACGGCGACGAGGGCUGCUGCUCGGCCUGCGUGAUCCUGUGAGGCGCCGGCUGCCGCCGGGCGCUGGCCACGCUCUGUGCACAAAGCCAAACACACCCGAUUCUCUUGAUGUGAUUGUCUUCUCGCUUUGAGAUUGGAGACGACUUUGUAUUGGCCGGGAUGUCCGAGGAACCUGGCUGACUUGUGUGGCCAGCAUCCCCAGCCUUCAGCUAGGGUCCGAGGGGGUGUCGGUUCCUGACCAUCCAAGACCCUGAUGGAAAUGUGGCUUUUUUUUUUUUUGCAGCGUGUACGUUCCUCAUUGAUUUCGGUUCAUGCAUAAUUUUUCCCGUUUCAGUAGCCAUCAAGGCGCAGUAUUGGCUGCUUGACACCGGCAAGCAAAAGUUUCAAGCCUGAAAAAGAAAAUGGGGGUGGGGAGGUGGAGGAAGUGGAGGGGAAGAAGGAGGCGGUGGGGGAGGGUUCCCCCAACCAACUGUUCAUAGUUCCAAGUUCUAAACACAAGGAAGGAGGUCUGAGAAAACGAUAUGAAGGAGCCAGAGGAGGGGAAGAAACUUGACUUUUUUUCCCCCCUUGUUUUCCAGGAUUAUUUGGAAAUUAAGACCAGGGGUUCCUUUUCUGCCAGCUUGGAAGGGCAACCCAGGGACUGAUUACGAUUCUGAGGAUGUCUAUGCAAAGUUGGGUUCUUGUUACAGUGUAUCCAAUCUGAAGUAUUGCACAUGUGAACUGGGACUGUUAACACUGAUGCCAAUACAGUGUGGGGUGCCAGGAAGUGUCUGCUGAUAUUUGUGGGAAAAAAAAAUCUAUUUUGAUUACCUACUGUAUCAAAGGGGAGUCUGGGGGAGAAUGGUAGUAUUUUUUUUUAAUCAGCUGUGAAAAAAAUGUUAAAAGAUCUGCACAUUUUUGUGUGUGCUAUUAUGUGUGUGUGUGUGUGUGUGUGCUAUUGUGUGUGUAAGUAUAGCUUUUUGUGUGCGUGUGUGGUUGGCAGUGACAGAUUUUUUGCUGACUAGCUUUUAAAAAUACAAUACAAAGACUUCGUAAUUGUGAUUCAGGGCCCCCAGCACCCCUGUGUCUGCAGAGUGCCUUCAAACUCAGCUGUUCCAGCCGGUGCCAACCUGUGAAUUCCCACCAUAUCCCAGAAUCUGCUGUUCUGCUGCCCCCAAAACCACUAAGUAUCUUCCUGAAAGAGCCAGGACAAAUGGGGCCUGUUAGUCCAUCAAUUGCUUAGUUAAUUUGUAGCUUUCUUAAUGUUAAGGUCAUGUCUCGAGUGCUUUUCUCCCUUUCUUCAUUUUGCUCAGAUUUCAGGUUUUAGCUCCCUUUUCUGUUGCAUUUGGAGUGUCUCUUGUCAUUUGUCUAAGGUUGUCCUCCAGACGCAAAGAGCAGAAUUUUAUUGUGAUGUACCAAGAAAAUUCUAACGAAUUGUAACUUUUAAUUCCACUCAUUUGGUCAUUGUCUCUUCAUUUUAAGACUUUUAAUACAAAUGUCAUUUUUAAAGAAACCCCAAACUAUUUGUGUUUUUGUGUUUCAUAUUCAGUGAUGUACAGUAUCCAUGGUAACAGUGUCAGGUGGAGGUGGACCUGGCCGCCCAGAGUUAUUUGUCGAAUUUUGAAGAUAGAAUUAUUUCAGUGACAAACUGGACGACAAUGUUUCCAAGCUUUUAUUUCAAAGUGGAGAAAAAUUAUCAGGGUCUAGACAUACCAUCUGACUCCCCCGAGGAGGAAGUGUAUUGAGUCUGUUCUGCUGACAAUGAGCCAUGAACUUCACUGUUAUAGCAAAGGAGGGAAGCGGACUGCUAACACCCUCUUAGGUCUGGGAAAGUUACAUCCAUCCAGGGGAUAGCUUUUUAUUUGUCCUGGUUUUGUCUGUUUAUGUCACGCCUCAAUCAGAAGUGUUCUUGACUUGGUUCUCACAGUGUCUCAGCAGUCUUUGGAGUGUGCCAGGCUGGCCGUUAUCUCAACCCUUCAAAGAUUUCAUUUGGAACCAAAUCAUUAGAUUCAAAACAAAACAUAAAGUAAUAAACCAUGCAAAGAGGAUUCUUUUGCUCUCUUUAGUUUGUGGAUCAUAUUUGACCACAAGCAUUGUUUCUUUUAACAAGUAGGAGGCAAAGUGCGAGGAGGCCAUGUGCGUUGUUACUUUUUCUGUGUAUUUUCCUUGGGCUCUCUAGUACAAUAAUCUUGUCUGUAAGAGGAGAUAGCGUAGGUUCCUGAGGCAAAGCUGAAGCCUGCAGAGUAUUAACCGAGGAAUUUACUUUUUGACGAAGCCAAAAGAGAUCACAGGUUUCUUUAAAGUGAUAUCAAUAUCUCUUGCCUUAAUUUUUUUUUUUUGUGGGGGAGGGAGUGAUUUCAUCCAGGUUGCAUUUCGCUAUUCCUGUGGGGAGGGAGAACAGUUUGGCCUGUCUUGGCCUUUUAUUUAUUUUCCAACUCUGACCUCAUGCCUCCGUGAGUAUCAAACACAUUCGUUUCUACGUCUAAACAUUGGGACUACUCAAAAUCAUGUUUUUGCAAGAAUGCAUCCUUCCAUUUGAAUAAUUGUGGUUGCUUAAGUCGAUUGAAGUUGAUGCACAGCCUGAGGAUGUGUCAAGCCCUGUUAGAAGGUUUUUUUGUUUUUUUUUUUUUUAAAUGUGUUUGUUGACCCUCAUUUGUCAUUAUUUGGAAGGCUUUGGGCAAAAGCUUUGCCAAGUAUAUGGCUCAUAGGAAAUGUGCGUACUCCUUACAGAAAAUAUUCGAAGGUGAAUGGUGAAAUAGAUUGUUGGUGCACCAAUCACCUCCACAGAGGGUUUUGUGGAGGUCAAAAAAUAGGACAAGUUUUUGUUGUUUUUUUUUAAAUAAAACAAAACCAUGUUUCUACUGAGUACUGUAAAAUAAAUGCUUUUGGAUUGUAAAAUUAAAGCUGCUGCAGGAAAAUGAAGGUCUGAGUUGUUUGGCUUUCACCUGUGAUAUUCAUGGCAAAAUAGAAAUUUGGAGGGCUUUUUCCUUUCUUGAAACGUUAGAGAACCUCAUCUAGGGUGGUGUGGAGACAAGAACAUUUGUUUCAGUGAGAAAGGGAGCUGGUUUAACAGCUUAAGGAAGUGAGUCAGGGAGGGUGGGGUUUGUUGUAAUGUAAUCACCUGUCAAAACAAAUUGGGGGGGGGAGUGCUUCCUGAGGGAGUGAGAAAUCCUCUAAACUUGACCCCUACUGGGUAUGUGGGUUUGGUUUUUUGUUUUGUUUCAUUUGUUUGUUGAAACAGCUUUUCUUUGGGCCCCUGACAGGCAGCCCAGUUCUCUGUCACGGUCAAAGCAUUAUUUUUGUUCAUUUGUUAACUCCUCAGGAAACCUAAAGGUGCCUGCUCAAGUCUCACCUUUGAUCUUCAGGUAACCGGUUUCCAUCCUAAUGGCUAAGGUAGUUCACUGACUCACACUGAGAAACCAGGUCUAUUUGAAGAUUGUCUUGAGAGGCUUCCUACAACAUGAAUACUGCAUAUUUCCACUGGGUGAGAAUCCCAAGUAUCUUCUUUACUUAGUGUUUGGGUCGUUUUUGUUAUCACUCUACCUUCUAGACAAUGGAAAGUUAUAUGGAGCAGGAGUUUGGAGAAGUAAAGGGGAAAUGCCUUAUCUAUCAUAAAAUAGCCUGCUCCAUAAAUGUGAAGAAAACCAAGAUUGAAUUUGGAGAUGGCCACUGUGUGUUAACAUGCUAAUGUCUGCCAGUACCUGCUUAAUGGCAGAAAGCCUGCUAAUAGGAAUUUUCUCUAGGAAAUAUUACAGGUCUAAAAAUCAAGACUUAUGCUAUUCUUGAUUGUGGUCUUUUGUUCAGACUACAAGAAUGAUCUGAAGGCCUUUAGUUGAUUGAUAGGUGAUGGCACUUACCAUGGCACUGGUAAGCGAAGCACUUGAUCUCUCCACCGUAACAUUUUGGUGAUUUGAGACAUUAGGGGGUCACCGGUUCCUGAGGCUCUCAAACUAAAUUGCAUAUAAAAGUCACCCGCAGAUUAAAAUAAUCUCUAUGGGUGCUUCCCAUUUUCUUCAGUGGACCUGGAGUAGAUGCUCAUUAUUCAGGUGACAAUGAUGUUGCUGGUUUGAGACUCAAAGAUUAAGCCCCAGCAAUAACGCAUGUCACCCUCGGCUCUACCUAGGUGUUCACACACUCCGACUUAAGAGCUGCCUUUCAGAAUGCUUUUCUUUCUGCUGUGGUGAUAAAAUUGUCUCCACAAGAAGUUUACUGAAGAGGACAUACACCAUUGAAAAUAACUUGUUAGGCUGUUGUGUGGGGGUAGAGCUUUCUUUAACUUCACAUAGGUAUCUGAACAGUGCUGGCUGUGAUCUUCAGAGCCAAGUCAGAAGCCAGCUCUGAGAAAGUUAUUCUGUCAGAUUCAACAUCCAAUUCCUACUCCGUGAAAUAAAACAAGAUUAAUACCUUUGGCUAAGGGAGCACUUUAAAAUAUUUACCGCUUAUUCCUUUGAAAUUAAAAGGCAAGGACUUCUGUUUUUCAUGUUUCCAAGCAAGGACUCUGAAAUUAAGCUGAGAGAAUUUCAGUAGCCAGGUCACAGUGCGCACAGGUGUCUGUCUCCUCCCCGUGUUAGUUGAUCUAAUUCAAAGUCAUAUUGUUCUCCAUUUUGAGAAAAUACACACUACAAAAACUGUCACCUCCAUUUUGCUUUGUAGACCAGGCUGGCCUUGAACUAAUAGAUACCUGACUGCCUCUGAGUGCUGGGGUUGAGACCUGUGCUACCACUGCCCGGCUUAUUGUGCAUCUUAAUGUCCAAGAAUGUUCCCAAAACUCUGUUUUUAAAAAUCUGUGUCUUCACUGACUUAAAAGAAGGGCAAAGUUGAAAUCCAAUGGCCACCAGAGAAGUUGCUUUUUGACAGAUGCCUUUUAGGAGGGGGAGAGGGUAAGGUGCAGAUCUUAGAAGAGUGAAGUUGGGUGAGGGCAGGAGACCAGAGUAAAUGUGUUUUAGUGAGUUCUAGACUGAGGUUAUUUGCUGGCUUUUGCACCUUGCCUCAAUAAUAAUACCAAUAAUAAAUGUUUUGAUGAAAAUAUGUUUGCCCCACCCCUUGUUGCUGUUAUGGCCACUUUCUUGCACAUCCCUUAUUCUGGAAACUUGAAAGCUAUCUGAAUAGAAGCUGAGAAAUGACUGAAAUGUAGUGAGCUUCUGAUCUGUCUACCCGUGGUAGAGCUUCUGGGAGACUCUAGAAUUCUACCUUACAGAAAAUGAAAGGUUAUUGUAAAGUUUAAUUCAUCUACCCGAUAAGAGAACAUUCUGGUGUUUUGUUCUGAGUUUAAAUGUCACUUCAAAUAGUUGCAAACUUUUCUGUGUGAUAGAUAUCUGUAACAGUGGUAGAGGGCUUAAUAAAAAACUGCUCGUGACAGCAGAGGGAAAAGACGAAGAGAUGUAGUAUGUUUAUAUCGGGCUUCAUUGUGUGGUGCUUUACAUUACUGUUAAUUUUGAUCACUAAUAUUUGACUUUGUUGAACUAUUCAAAAUCAGAGGUUAUAUUUAUUUUAGAAUUUGUUUUUAGAGUAUACUGUAUUACCCUUUCUAAGAAAAUCCAAAUUGUAGUUUGUUCUAAAAGGUUACUAUUCAACAGAGGAAAACUUUGUUACUUUAAGUAAAUCAAUGCAUAGUAGGCAUAGCAUGAAUAAUAAAAACCCAGAGACGGAUAUUGGGGUUCAGCCUGAAGAUCGGAAGAGCGAAGCAGCCAAAUCACUAGAGAGCUUUUACCUCUAAGAAAUCCUCAGACUGAAAGAAAGUGAGUUCCUGUCUCAUUCCACCUUACAUUCCUCCCUAGUGCUGGGAUUAAAAGUGUGCACCACCAACGCUGGGCCUCUAUGGAUGACUAGUGUGGUUGAUUUGUGUUCUGGUCUUCAAGCAAGCUUUAUUUAUUAAAUUACACAUGAAAUAUCACUACAUAGUAGGAUGAUAAAUUCUAAAGCCUUAAUUAGUGAAAUAAUUUGUCCUACAAAGCAGAUACGGCUAACUAGUAGAGGAAAAACAAAUAAUCUUACUGCAUUUGGGAUUUUUUUGAUCUGUUCUAUAAAUGAGAGGGAACAGCUCUUUGUACUUUCCUCGUUCAGUUGACAAACUUAGUCUUCAAAGAUGAAUUAUCUUGUAAGAUUCUGUAAGGCUAAAUUUUUCAGAGGCGUGAAAACAUGGAUGAUUCUUUCAUUUGUGAUAACAGAAAAAAAAAUCAAAGGCAGAGUUUUUUUUUUAAUAGAAAAGAGAAAAAUUAUUGAUGACUUUGCAAAUACAGGUACCAAGCAAAAAAGUGUGCGAUUGUUACAUUGCUAAAAAUAGAUUUGCAAUGGUGUUGGUAAGCAGGGGUAAAAUGAACUCAUUCAUCAUGUAACAUUUACUGUGGAUACGGUGUUCACUACAGUGUCAGGACCAAUGCUUGUUGGGUAGGUUCUUAAUACUUAAAAACAACCUUUCUUUCCCUUUUACCAUCAGCUGCAAAGUAGUAGCUCUCACCCAAGACUAUUCUGCAAAGCAGAUAUUUACAUUGUUAUUCAUAACAGUAGCAAAAGUACAGUUAC